UAGUGGUUGGCGCCAACAACCCCCCAUCUCCCCGCGCGCGUGUGUGUGUACGUUCCUUCCGAGUGUCUAGAAACCCGCUUGGAUCCUGCGAGUCGGCAAAAGGGCUUCAAUCAACCUUCGAACGAGACUUCACCGACCGAGACUUAACCGGGAUCGAAUCCCCAAACGGGCACACGACGAUGGCAACGCCAAAGGAUGACCGGGCCGGACUCGGUUCGAUGGCCUUAAAUGGCUACGAUUGCGGUAGUUUCCAUCAAUCAACGACCGUGCCGGGUGUAACGUCCACCCCGAUCUCGAGUGGGCGCAAUUCGAGUGCAAGCGGAAGCAACGGUGGCACGAGCUCGAACUCGUCAUCGACGGCGGGGAUCGGCACCGGUGGUACACCGACUGCAGCCGGCGGUGGCAACGAGACGAGUGCGGGUGACGGUAGUACCAUCGCUACGACUCCGGGUGCCCCGGGCUCUUCCGGGCACAAGGGAAGCAUCCGCGGCAAUAAGCUGGCCCGCCGGGCCCGUUCCUUCAAGGACGACUUUCUGGAGAAGAUAUCACAGAUACGCACACCGACCAACACGAUGACAAGAUCUCACUCACCGAACAGUCCACGAGGCAGCGGCAGCGGUGGCGGCGCCGGUGGAGCCGGAAGUUGCGCUAGCUAUGGUGGCCGGAAGAGCACCAGCGACGAGCCGACCAAACCGGUACAGGAUCUCAACUAUCACGUGCGCCAGGUGAAGAAUGCGCUGACGCAUUUCAAGGAUGUCAUACUGAAGAACAAGCUGGAGAUGCUGCCCGGAAACGGCACGGUCGUGCUGGAAUCGAUCGCCAAUGUGCACACCGCGCUUCAAUCGUACACGCUCAACGAACACAGUACGGCAUUUAUCAACGCAACCAAUCAUGUGUACGUGUCGCUCGGCAAUCUGCUGAAGCUGUGCGACGAGGUACUGCUGACCAAGGAGGGUGACGACUGCCCGUCGCUCAGCAAGGAAAACGUAAAGGAGGUGGUCGAGUUGGUCGAGAACGCGAUUAAUAAUCUAGUAAAUUUGGCGAACGAAAAAAUCUCCGACAAACCGCUGCAGGCGAGCUGCGGAGGCGGUGGGGUGGGCGCGGGUGGUAAUGGCACGAGCUCCAACACGCUCCAGCGCCCGCCAGUCGACGCGAUCAGUCAGCGCACGUCCCUACCGGACAUUCAUCUGACACCGCGCGAGCGCGACAUCCUCGAGCAGACGUCGCUGAAGACGGUGCGCGCGUCGCACAGCACCGAGAGCAUCCUGCGCGACUCGAGCCCGCCACCGCCGCCGAAACCGCCGCUCCCGAAUCGUUCGAACGAGCCGCCCCCACCGCUGCCACCGAAGCGCAAGGGGCACCACGCGAAGAACCACUCAUUCCACGAUACCACCACGUCGACAGCUGCGGCCACGAUGACGAUGGCUUCGUCCUCCGACUGCUGCCAUUCCGCCGAUUCGACCUUCCACCUGCACCAGGGUAGCACCUUGGGAGGUGGUGGUGCUGGUGGUGUGAGUGGUGGUGGAGGAGCUGGUGGUGGUGGAAGUGGAAGCAUCGGGCUCGAUCGAAUGUCGUUGCGCUCGCGCUCUCCCGAGGAUAACUCUAGUCUGCUCAGUGCCAGCGCUGGCUCGCUGGACUCUGCGCUCAAUCAUUCACGCGAGGAGGACGAACUGCGCGCCGUCAAUGACGCCAGUAUGGCCGCGGGCCUCGGGAUGCUGGUGCCUGGUGGAGGGGCGGCUUGGGAAAGCGAUUCGGUAGCCAUCAGCACGAUGACAUCCGCCACCGCAACGGUGGUAGGCAUUGGCGGUGGAAACGGUGGCAGCAAUUCUCUCAUUCGCAACUCCAACGAGUCCGGCUUCGAGUCGAUGUACUCGCAGCGCGUCAGCCAGCGCGAUCCGCAGCUGCUGCAACAACAGCAGUACCACCAUCAACACCAACAACACCAUCACCAUCACCAAAUAAGCGCUAGCAGCCAGUCGUCGUCCUCGUCUUCGUCGUACGUGCACAAGUCGGAGUCGUUCAUCGACAGCCUGAACGAAGUCAAGGUGACGAGCAAGACAACCGAGCAGCAGCAGCAGCAGAAGCAUUUCCAUCAGAAAAUUGACACGAUCAUAACGCAGGCAACGGACGAGAGUGCGUCCAUCGCCUCGGCAGCGACGGUGACGUCGAUGUCAAGCACCAGCAGUGGCAGCCUCGCGAAGCAGUUGCAGAUUCACCACGGUCCCAGUGGCAGCAUUGACGAAGCGGCACUGGCCGGCUCCGACGAUGUGUUUCCGCGCACAUCCGGCUCGCUGGAACGUCCACCCGCCCUGCCAGUCAAAACACGAUCGCACAGUAUUAAAAAGGAACGUCACCCAUCGCAGUAUGAUAACGUGGACGAACUAGACGCAGAAAGAAGCUCGCAGGACGUCUUCUCGCACUUCCCGAUACACAGCUCGCCUACCUACCUGUCGCAAAGCCGGCAGCAUAUGAUGAACAACCUGCCCAGUAAGCAUAUCAGUCUCUUCGAGCCCCGGCACAUCAUCAACCCCUUUCCGGAGGAACCGCCACCGCUGCCGAUGAAGAAAAAGCAUAUGUUUCAAAGUGUUGCCUAUUCAGUUAUGGCGUAUAUGGAGAUAUUCGGCAGCGCGACACAGAACAACUCGGAGUUUAUGCGCCACUCGGUGCACACAUACAAUCUGGAACACUCCGAGCAGGCUACUACAAGCACUAGCAGUACCAACCAUAGCAUUUCUCACAGUCAAACAAUGAGCUUAUCUCCUUCGCGUAUGGCAUCAAUAUCGGUGUCACCACCUGGUUCGCCAAACGUUGUCAUGAAGCCCCCAGCUUUGCCGCCGAAGCGUCAACGCAUCAACAGUAAAACACCGAGCAUCAUCUCGACGCCUCCCGCCAGCCCCAAGAUAUUCCAGGACCAACAACAGCUCCACCACCAUCAUUCCCAUCAGUUCCCGCAACCGGCGGGAUCAACGAUCAACACAUCACCCUCACCAUCAACGGCAUCACUAACGUCCUCGCAAUCGGGAGGCGGCAAUGCCUCCCGUUCAACCUCAUCGGUCUACAAUCAAACGCUGGAUGUCAGAGCACCCAAGGUACUACAGGGCGGUUGGGAAGCCGAUGCCAGUGGACACUCCUUGCACGGACCUGCCGUGUCGGUUGGGACCGGUGACGCUGGUCCAACUACCGUGGCAGCUGUCAGUGGUCCCGGUCAACAUUCUGACGCAUCGGAACCUGGUUAUAUCAACCGCGGCAUUGAAGGCAACACCAGCACUAACAAGCUAGCACCCGGUGCUGGAGGUGGGGGUUGUGGCGGUGUUGGUCCCUCCAAGCAAGGCGGCCAUAAUGAGGAAGACUACUUGCUACUAAAGGACUACCGAUCCAGCUCAGCACUAAUCGCUAACGUGUCCCCGACUGCUAAUCUCUCCCACACCGCUUCCCAACCGAAUCUCAAGCAUACCACUAACAGCCCCAACAGUGGCGACGGUGACAACAGCGGCAGCACUCUAGUCAUCAGCAGUGACGGCAGCACCAAACAUGCCCACAGCCAGUAUAACAACGGCGGUAGAAGUAGCAAACUCGAGUAUGGUAGUGGUCUAAACGAUAGUCUGCAUAACAAGGGCUCCGAUAGACACGGUAGCAGUAGCGGCGGCAAGCUGGCGCUUGUUCCUUCCGGCGGCACGAUCUACGAGUCGUACGCAUCGACGGGAUCGGAUCCAUCGGCCCGUGACCAUGAUGACCAAAACAGUGACAAGGACGAGGUCGAGGUUGAGGUGAUACUUAGGCGAAAUAACAAGAACGGUCUGGCGCUAAUGGACCAUCAGCAGCCACAGCAGCCGCUUAACCUAAUGGAAGAGCUGGAUGUAAGCAGCCACCUGGUAUUCAAGAAAGAGAAUGAGGACGGACCCGACGUCAAAGGUGGUCAUCCGGAUGCGCUUAUCAUACACGCCACCAGGGUGCAGAAAAAUUCCGACGACGAAUGUUUAGAGGAUGCUUACGGCGAAGCGUUUAUCACAACAUUUCGCACAUUUAUCUCACCGCUGGAACUUAUUCAAAAGUUGUCUCAUCGUUACACCGUGUACCACUGUCAGAUAAAUGAUGCCAAACAGAAAGCCGCCAAAGAAUGUUUUUCAUUGCUAGUGCGAGUUGUAAACGAUCUGACUACACCGGAUCUAAGUGAACGUUUGCUGGUGAUUUUAAUGAACUUUGACUACCAGCUGGUGAGCGCCGGACACCUGAACAUGGCCAAAUUGCUUCGCGUGAAGCUCAUAGAGAAAGCGCUCGUGUAUAAGCAGAAAACCUCAUUAAAUGUGCAGUCUAUUUCGCCACGCUCACUCAUAUCAAGUCCGCCGACAUUGCUUGAUCUAAAAUCAGCCGAGAUUGCGGAGCAGAUGACACUGCUCGACGCGGAACUAUUCCAGAAAAUAGAGAUACCGGAGGUUCUGAUCUGGGCGCAAGAGCAAUGCGAGGAGCGUUCGCCGAACUUAACGCGCUUCACCGAACAUUUCAACAAGAUGUCCUACUGGGCCCGAACGCAGAUACUUUCGCAAAACGAUGCCAAAGAUAGGGAAAAGCACGUCAUCAAAUUUAUCAAAAUCAUGAAGCACUUACGGAAGAUAAACAACUACAACUCCUAUCUAGCACUGCUCUCAGCCCUCGAUUCGGCUCCGAUUCGAAGGCUCGAGUGGCACAAAACCAUCACAGAAGGCUUGAAGGAGUACUGCGCGCUGAUCGACUCCAGUUCAAGCUUUCGUGCAUACCGACAAGCACUUGCUGAGACGAAUCCUCCCUGCAUACCAUACAUUGGGCUCGUGCUGCAAGACCUAACUUUUGUCCACAUUGGCAAUCCUGAUCUUUUACCGGACGGCUCGACAAACUUCUCGAAGCGUUGGCAGCAGUAUCACAUUGUAGUUAACAUGAAGCGGUUCCGGAAAGGUUCCUACCCCUUCAAGAAAAAUGAACGAAUUAUUGGCUUUUUUGACAACUUCGAUCACUAUUUGGACGAGGAUGCGAUGUGGCAGAUUUCAGAAACAAUCAAACCGCGCGGCACGCGUAAAACAAAUGUCAAUUAGUAUCGGCUAAACUGUCUGCGUGGUGGUAGCGAUGAACAUCAGGAUGCUAGCGGUUCUCGAGUUCGCAAAUCCGGCAAUCCUGAUUGCGAAGAAACAGCCGUCGCGGAUACGUCUAACAUAAAACAUUCUCCAUCACCGUCGGGAAAACCGAGGCGCCAGUGUCAAGGUGAGAGCAGCAUCGCUAGAAAGUAACGUAGAAACCAAUGAUAAAAUUGUGCUGCAAAGCACAUGCAAACAUUUAUGUUUCGCCAUGCACAGCCGGCUGGUAUGAUAGGGUCAUUAAAAUGCAUUUACUGUAUCAAUGCGGAACUCCUUGGCUGAAGAUAGAUAGAUCGAAUAGAGAAACAAAGAACGUAACAGUGAGAAUGCGAGAGAAAGAGAGUAGAAAUUUACGUAAGGAGUACGUAUUAUAGAAACACAUAUGAUCACCUAGAAAUAGCCAACGCUUUCAAUUGUAUAGCCUAUCGCAUUUUGUUCGCUGAGGCUGGAAUGAUUUUGUUUCUUUUUGUUUGUUUUUUUUUUUUGGUCCAUUCCAUCUGCAAAGAUGGAUGAUGCAUGGUUUGGCAUUGAAGAAUCAUGCUUCAGAUUAUUUAUUUAAAUCGUAAGACACGUGAUCUAUUUUUAUUGUACACACAAAUGAAAUGGAAACAUUUAAAAGUAUUUUUAUAUAUAUUUAAAAUGCAACAACACAAUCAUAUUACAACUAUUACAAAAACUCGCCAUUCAUAUACACAAAACAACUAAAUAUUGAGAGCAUAGUCUUACCGUAGUUUAUCCCGUCAAGUGUGAGCGAGUAAGUAGUAAGUGUUGCUGGAAAUAUGGAACCAUUACUCUAAAACAAUCGAUUUGUUUUUGCUGUCAGUGAAAAAUCUAGAGGUUCGUGCUAGAGGCACGGAUAAAUAAGGUAACUCGCGAUAGGAACAUGCAUUAUGUUUACCAAAAACUGAAUUUAAGAGACAGCGUGGGUAAUUCCAGAAAUACCGUUAUGAAUCAAAGAGAGAGCGAAGAUAUAUCUAAAAUUAACAUUUGAUAGAAAAAUAUAAAUAUUAUUAUUUUUUACCUUUUCAU